UAAUUCCGGCUCCCAUAUCCGACGCUCUGGCCCACUAAGAUGCUACUCUAUGGCAUCUAGCUUCCCCUCUGCCGGCUUCUGGAGGACCACACUCGUUUCCUUUUUGGCAGCGAGAGGUCCCGCAGCCGUGGCUGAGCUGGAAGAAAGAUGGCGGCUGCCGUGCGACAGGAUUUGGCCCAGCUCAUGAAUUCAAGCGGCUCUCACAAAGAUCUGGCGGGCAAAUAUCGUCAGAUUCUGGAAAAAGCCAUUCAGUUAUCUGGGACAGAACAACUAGAAGCAUUGAAAGCUUUUGUGGAAGCGAUGGUGAACGAGAACGUCAGCCUUGUGAUCUCACGGCAACUGCUAACAGAUUUCUGCACACACCUCCCCAACCUGCCAGACAGCACAGCCAAGGAGGUCUACCAUUUCACCUUGGAGAAGGUCCAGCCUCGGGUCAUCUCCUUUGAGGAGCAGGUGGCUUCCAUACGACAGCGUCUUGCAUCUAUUUAUGAGAAGGAAGAAGACUGGAGAAACGCAGCCCAAGUGUUGGUGGGGAUUCCUCUGGAGACAGGACAAAAACAGUACAACGUAGACUAUAAGCUGGAGACCUACCUGAAGAUCGCGAGGCUAUACUUGGAGGAUGACGACCCUGUCCAGGCUGAGGCUUACAUAAACCGAGCUUCCUUACUUCAGAAUGAAUCCACAAACGAACAGUUACAGAUACACUAUAAGGUUUGCUAUGCACGUGUCCUUGACUACAGAAGGAAGUUCAUUGAAGCCGCCCAAAGGUACAAUGAGCUCUCUUACAAGACAAUAGUGCACGAAAGUGAGAGACUGGAGGCCUUGAAGCACGCACUGCACUGCACCAUCCUAGCGUCGGCAGGACAGCAGCGCUCUCGGAUGCUGGCUACCCUUUUUAAGGAUGAAAGGUGCCAGCAACUGGCUGCUUAUGGGAUCCUGGAGAAAAUGUACCUAGACAGGAUCAUCAGAGGGAACCAGCUUCAAGAAUUUGCUGCAAUGCUGAUGCCUCACCAAAAAGCAACCACAGCUGAUGGUUCCAGCAUCUUGGACAGAGCUGUUAUUGAGCAUAAUUUGUUGUCAGCAAGCAAAUUAUAUAACAACAUCACCUUUGAGGAACUCGGAGCUCUUUUAGAGAUCCCUGCAGCUAAGCACGAGAAGCCCUGCCGACGUGGGACAAGCAGAUCCAAUCACUUUGUUUCCAAGUAAAUAACCUCCUGGAGAAGAUUAGUCAGACAGCCCCCGAGUGGACAGCGCAAGCCAUGGAGGCGCAGAUGGCCCAGUGAGUCCUGGAGCUCCGUGCACACUGCGUCUUUGCACUUUGUGCGGAUCGAUUCACUGCCCUCACAGCAUUUGCAUCGUGACCAUAGACAUCUCAGUCCUUUUUUGCCAGCUCCCACGUGAGGACGACGCAGGAGCAAGCAGUGCAGCCUUGAAGCAGUAGCUCCCGUGCCGCCUGGGUCUAUGUUGAGCUGACUCGGGUGUCUUGAAAGCUUGUUCUUUAAGUGAGCAAGCGAGCGAGCUGGGUAGUCGUGUAAAACUUCAGUGCUUUGUGCCUCUCCAGAUGUGGUUACUCUAAUAAACGGAGCGAUGAACCAGA